AAGAAACUCUUGGGGUCUUGAGGGUUGAGAUUGUGAUUGUGUCCGCACUAUGUCGUUUCCGCGUCAACCUUUUCAUACUCCGCUGGAGAGCUCCGUCGAGUCUUUGAAUGAGGACACCGACCCGGUAAUCCCGCUCCGGAAUCUCUCGAUGGUCCGAACAAGAAUGGAUUCCCUGCAGUACUUCCUCACCGAUUCAAUCCACGCCAACGCUCUAGUCAGCAAGGACCAGAUGGAUAUGGUAUCCGCCGGCAUCGCCUCCGCCAUCCACGAAAUCAUCUCAAACGGCGCCGCUCUGUUGGCUCUCUCUCAGAACCCGAUACCCUCAUCCGACCGGACCCGAACACCUGCCGCUCAAAUCGAGGUUCCCGAGGUCAGGAAAGAGGUAAAAGAGAACAAUAGCGGUAAGGAUGACGCAGACGGUGGUGAGAUCGUGGAGGUGGACGCGAUGGAGCUGCUGGCGGAGCACAUCCAUUACUGCGAGAUUUGCGGGAAGGGGUUCAAGCGAGACGCGAAUUUGAGAAUGCACAUGCGGGCUCACGGGAACCGGUUCAAGACCCCCGAGGCGUUGGCCAAACCGGAUAAGACCCCGGCCCAGUCGAGCCGGAAUUCCCGGUUCUCGUGCCCGUACGUCGGGUGCAACCGGAACAAGGAGCACGGGAAGUUCCGGCCGUUAAAAUCGGUGAUUUGCGUGAAGAAUCACUUCAAGAGGAGCCACUGCCCAAAAAUGUACUCGUGUAACAGGUGCAAUAAGAAAAGCUUCUCGGUGGUGGCGGAUUUGAAGAGCCACUUGAAGCAUUGUGGCGAGGCUAGGUGGCGGUGCACGUGUGGCACGAGCUUCUCGAGGAAGAGCAAGCUGUUCGGACACAUGGCGUUGUUCGAACGGCACAUGCCGGCGGUUGAGGACGAGAAGAGUGGUGGUGGGAGUAAGGUUGUGACAGCUAUGGAGCAGGAUGAUGAUGAUGAGGAGGAAGAAGAGGAGGAGGAGGGCAUGACGACGUCGUCGAAGGGAACGGAGUUGAAUCCGAGUUCCAAUAUUUACAAGGAUAUUGAGUUUUCUGAUGAAUUGCUUAGUGGGCUCGGCUCGAUAGAUGACUAUUUUUUGGAGGAUAUGUUGACUGAUUUGUAGCUGAGAUAAUGAUGGUAAGGUGGAUUACAUCUUUUGCUUUAUUUCAUUCGUUGUAGUGCUUUUGUGUGUAUUAUGGUGUAAUAAUUUUUCUGAUGAGAGAUUUCAUGUUAAUUUCUUUGUUGAGAUUAAUCUUUUUUUUUUUCCUUUGUUUUUUUUUGGUAAUCUCCUGCUGGAUUUUCUAAUAAUUUGAAUAAAUGCCUAUUUUUGGGUUAUAUUUGCAA